AUGCCUACCCCUCUGAACGACACUCUUUCGCCAUUACAUUCUCACGCUCAUUCAGCAGCGAGUUAUAACCAGCAACUCCCUUUACAUCACGACGCUCAAUUCCCCCACGCGCAGGAACUCGAUCGUCUUUCCCCAUCAGGACAACGUCACAGCAGAAGCGAGAAAAAAGGCAAGGAGGAUACGAAGCAUCUUCUCGAAGACGAGGAUUCAGACUCGGGUGAGGAGGACUCGGUGGAAGAUAAGCUCAUGGGUGCGAAAUCGCGAAAGCCAAAGUCCCUAGAGCCAUUAGGCGGCUCAUCUUCUACGAAAGAAGGGGAAAACGGCUCAACUACCUCCAGCAUGAAUAACAACGUCGAAUAUAGGCGCAAGAAUGCGUCUCUCGAAUCUCCUGGUGUGACGGCGAAUUUAAUGGCCCGCGAAUCAUUCUCCUUGGACGAACCUGUCCCGCGAACACCAACAGUUAAUAAUCACGGCUUUUUUGAACUGCCAAUGCAAGAUCGAAGGAAUUUUGGGUUAUUGGUGUUGUUGUACUUUUUACAGGGUGUGCCAAUGGGGUUGGCGACCGGAUCUGUGCCGUUCUUAUUAAAGGGCGCGCACAUGUCGUAUAGUGCACUUGGAGUGUUCAGUUUGGCUUCAUAUCCAUAUUCUUUGAAGCUGUUAUGGAGUCCGGUUGUAGAUGCAGUAUGGACUCCUAGACUUGGGCGUAGAAAGAGUUGGAUCAUGCCAAUCCAGAUGCUGUCCGGCCUUGGAAUGAUCUGGUUAGGUUCGCAAGUCAAGGGCAUGAUGGUUGUAGCAGGCAAAGAGGAUGGUUCUGGCAUUUGGGGAUUUACAUGGUGGUGGUUCUUCUUGGUAUUUAUGUGUGCUACACAGGAUAUUGCGGUUGACGGUUGGGCUUUGACUUUGUUGACUCCUGGCAACAUUUCUUAUGCUUCGACUGCACAGACUGUAGGAUUGACCGCUGGCCAGUUCAUGUCCUACACUGUGUUUUUAGCCUUCAAUUCUCCCGAUUUCGCCAACAAAUACUUCCGAGCUGUACCUUCAACAGAAGGUAUCAUGACGCUCGGAGGUUAUCUUUCUUUCUGGGGUUGGGCAUAUAUCAUUGUCACACUUGGGUUGGCAUUAUUGAAACAAGAAGAGAAAACCAAAAACGAAGAUGGUAUUUGGGAUGUUUACAGGGUCAUGUGGGGAGUCUUGAAACUCAAAAACAUCCAAACCAUCAUCAUAAUCCAUCUCAUCGCCAAAAUCGGAUUUCAAGCCAACGACGCGGUCACAAACUUGAAGUUAAUUGACAAGGGAUUCAGUCAAGAGGAUUUGGCACUUACAGUUCUCAUCGACUUUCCAUUUGAGAUUGGUCUCGGGUACUACGCUGGAAAAUGGUCAACCACGUAUACCCCCAUGCGUCUCUGGUGCUGGGGUUUUGUAGGCCGUCUUUUAGCAGCUGUCAUUGCUCAGAUUACAGUCAUCAUAUUCCCAGCAAACGGUGUCGAUACCUGGUAUCUCCUCGUCGUCAUCGCGGAACACAUCUUCUCCACGUUUACAAACACAGUCAUGUUUGUCGCUAUCUCAGCAUUCCACGCUCGAAUCGCGGAUCCAGUCAUUGGUGGAACUUAUAUGACUUUACUAGCUACCGUCUCAAAUCUAGGCGGUACAUUUCCCCGCUUCUUUGUCCUCAAACUCGUCGAUUUCUUCACCUCAGCAACUUGUAUCCCACCCUCUAGCACGCCAAAAACACUCAUCGGACCACUCAUCACCGCAUCCUUCGACUGCGCACUUAGCGCUGAGAAAGAGAGAUGUGUGAACGGUGGAGGCGUAUGUGAAAUUGAGCGCGACGGGUAUUAUGUUAUGAAUAUUGUGUGUGUUAUUAUUGGUGUGGUUACUUUCUGGGGGUAUAUUAAACCGGCGGCGUUGAAGUUGCAGGCGUUGCCAUUGAGGGCUUGGAGGAUUGCUGAGGAGAGGUGA